AUGGGCCCUCCUCCGGAUGGCGUCUCUGCCCCGACGACUACUGCCCCCAACACCUCGCCCUCUGCUGUCCGAGACGCCACUACAACCCCAACGCCGAACAAUCCUCAAACGACUGCAGCUACCAAUCUCCCUCCUCCCCCUCCUCCGACUUCCUCUCCUCUUGUCUAUCCGACUUUUCAGCAUGUCCCCUCCUCCAUGAUGGAUCUCGACAACAGUACCGUGGCUGAAGGUCGUUCGCGUCGGGCCACUAGUGUUUUAUCGAUGGAUGAUAUCGAGGCUGCUCAGGCUCUGGAAGGUCUCCGUACCGAAUACGGACAAUCUCCCCGAAACUCCUCGCAGCACUCCUCUAUCUCUUCCGAAUCGCAACCUGAACCCCUCCUAUCUUUGCUUACUUCUACCCAUCCCCUUAUCUCUUCCGCGAUCAACAGCUCCGUAUCCGCCUAUACCUCUUCCAAGUCAUACUCCUCUCUGAUCAAGUCCGGUGCCGAAUACAUCGAGCGCAACAUUGGCUCCCCCGUAGCCAACACUGUCGGCACGAUUAGUCGAAAGACGGGUGUCGAGAGCGGCAUUCGGUGGACUCUGCAGCGGCGUGCGUCAAACUCGUCGGAUGCGAAGCGGUCGAAACGGCGCAAAGUGAGCGGGGAGAAAUCUUCGACGGACAUGGACGUCGAAAAAGGCAUGGACGACGCCACGAUGUCCGAAUCUCUGCCACCGUACGACGACCAGAGAUCGCCUAGCUAUGACGAGAUCGGACAAGAGAACUCCUCGCGACAGAACUCCACCUGGCAGAGUCGACUGGUCAUUUCGACGUCCGGGCUCGGCGUUGCGAUGAGCGAGGAAUCGCUUCGAAGCCUGCAGUAUUGUCUGACUUGGCUCCGGUGGGCUAAUGGCCGGCUGGGCAAAGCCAUCGUUGCUCUACAAGGGGCGCUGAAAGAAUGGGACCAGCAGCAGAAGGAUGCGGAGGGAUCGUCCGCUGCCGGUCAAGACACCUCGCUGUUGUCUCAGCGCAUUCAGGCUGUCCGGGAGGAUGUACUGUCCACGCUGAAGCAGGUGGUCAAUGUGGUUUCUAAGUAUGCGGGCGGAGCGUUGCCAGAAAACGCGAGGAAUCUUGUCCGUCGUCAUCUGACGUCGCUACCGCACCGCUUCCAGGUCGCGUCGACGUCGCACCCCCCGCCCGAUUCGCCCGCCUCGUCUUCCGAUGCCACUAUCGGUGCUCAUCGUAUUCUGGUGUUGGCUCAAGAGGGUCUGGACAUGAUGUCCCAGGUCAGCGGAGUCGUCAACGACACCUUGGUCAGUGCGGAGCAUUGGUGCGAAAGAUUGGGCCGGAAACGGCCCGAUAGCAAGAACCCGAGCGACGCACCUCCGGCUGAAUCUCACAACGAGACGUACCCGGCGGAUAUCAAGGAGCCGAUCCAUGAGGCGCCUCGGGACGUUUCCAUGACGGGGACUGAAGAGAAGGUCUAA